AUGUCUCAAACAUCAGAAGCCAAGGUAGAAGAGCUCUUUUCCGAUUUUGAGGAUGAUGUUAAACCGAAGUCUAGUGAAGUCUUCUUAGGUUUUGUCGAUGCUGCUAUUAAGGCUUCUGAUGAUAUAACAAUUCAAGAUACUUUUAUUGGUGGUGAACCAGUUUGGUUACAUGAAGACUCUAUUCCAGAUGAAAAACUUUUACAAUGCGGGACCUGUAAAUCUACUAAGAAUAUGAUGCUUCUUUUACAAGCUUUUGCUCCUGUGGAUCCUGAACAGGUGGAAAAAGUAUGCGAAAGAAAGAACUUGCAGUUGACAACGGAUAAGUACAUUGAUUCGAGUCUAGAUCGUGUGUUAUAUGUGUUUAUCUGUAGGAAUUGUGGGAAGAAAGGAAGUUCAGUUAAGUGUAUACGAGGAGUUAGAUUACCAACAUCCAAUAGCGCAAGAGAUGAGCUAAACAAAAUAUUAGAGACUCCAACAGAAAGAAAAGACUUUAAUAUUAAUCCAUUUGAUAUUCAAAAUUCAGAUAAUCAAACCAAUGUUUUCUCUGCUAAUCCUUUUGCCCCUGCUUCUAGUACAUCCGACGAGAAUCCCUUCAGUAGUGGAAUUACGAACAAUGUAGUUGAAGCAAAGACAGAAGUUAUGAAACCUAGUACUGCGAGGAAAUUGCAUGAUGCAAAACCAGAUAAAAUAUUUGACAAGUCAAAGGCUUUUGCAGGUUUUUUCCUUUUUGUUGACGAGGAGUCUUUCAAAAAUACUCCAGACCAUUUAAAGUUACCAAAAAACAUCAAGAUAGAUAAAUCUUCUUUAGAUCUCUCAGUGGAAACAGAAGAACCUGAAAAAACCGCUGUCAAGUUGGAUCCAAAUACAGAAAGGUUAUCGAAGUUCUUGGACGACGAAGUAUUCCAAAAGUUUCAAGAAGUGGUAGGCUACAAUCCAUCCCAGGUUCUAAGAUACGAACUUGGAGGCGAUCCAUUGUACUACUCUCGUGUUGCAAAGAAGUAUGAGGACGUAUUGCCGGCUCCUAGUUUUAAUCCAUCUUCAAGACGGGUUUUUGAAAUGCAAUUGAUGCCAAAGAUGAUUUUAGAUUUAGAAGAUGAGGUAUCAAUUAAAGAUGGUAUGGACUGGGGAACUAUUAUGGUUUUUACUGAUGUUGAAAACUGGGUUCCUGAGUUUGAUGAGCAUGGAGUUGGAUAUGUGGAGGAGUGUGUGAGGGUACAAUGGGAAUCUGAGAAAUAA